AUGCCCUCUUCGAACCGAGGUAAUAACUUUGCAUCGGCAGCCUACUCCGACAAGACAGGGGGUGAAUGCGAAUUCAGGUCCCUCAUCGACUUCAACACUCCUUUGCACUCCACAGCACUCUUCUCACCCCCAUCACCGCCUCGGGCCGUUGCCAUGACCCCACCCAGUCCACCCCGACCUUUCUCGGCUCUCUAUUCUUCCCACAUGAUGCCUUACAGUCGCCUCGAUGCUUCCUCGAUCGUUUUGAAGGAGGCUGAGAUGCAGGCUCCGAUGGAUGAGAAGAGGAACCCUUGGUCCGCGCAGAAUCAAAAGAGGAAAGCGCAUCGUCGUUUCUUGUAUGUUGCAUUCAUUGUCAGUUUCCUAAUUGCUGGGUGAGUGUCCGAUGUGUUGGAUGAUCGUGCGGUGACGUCGAGCUAGGAGAGUGGAACCAAAGCUGAGGUCUUCUUGCGCCUUCCACUUUUCGCCGCUUGUCUCUGCCCAGUGCGAUCGCGGGUGGGAUCGCCGGCUGGCACUUCACCAAAAGUGGUCCACGCGCAAACCGAUGGCCCUCCGACGAUGCUAGCUUCAGCUCUGGCACUCCGAUCGACGGCACCAAUCUGACCGCCCCACCCUUCAUCCCCAUCCCCGCCACAGCCCAAGUCGUCCGUUCAAAGCCUUCCGACCCCUCCCAAUUCGAGCCCGACCCACGCCUCACCCGUUCCUUCUACGGUCUCACCUACACCCCUUACCAGGCCCAAGAACCCAAUUGCCUCGUCUCGCAAUUGAACGUCACCGAGGACGUGCAACUGCUAUCCCAAUUGACGACGAGGUUGAGGUUGGUCGAUGUGGCGUGUAAUCAGUCCCAGAUGGUUUUGCAGGCGAUUAGGGAAACCAAAGUUCUUAUGGGAGUUUAUUUUGGAUUCGGACUUGGGAAAGAUCAGGCGCGGAUUGAACGACAAAAGUGAGUCGCUGUAAACCCGAACGAUGAAGAUGAGGCUAGCUUGCGCUAGCCAGCAGUUGGAACUGACCUUCAGAGUUCUCUCCAUCGGUUCCUUUAGACAAACCGUUUGGGCCGCGAUUCGAGCCUUUGGUGGUAAUGGUGUCCGUGGUAUUGUUGUGGGAAACGAGUAAGUACUCGAUCGCGGUCGGAGUGUUUCCAUCACGCCAUAUAACUGACCCGCGUCGUUCGCUGCCAUCUUUCUGAGCACAGCUACGUCCUCCACUCCGCGAAUCGACAACGAGCGACGCAAACUCUCAUCAACCAUGUCUCUGAUGUUGGUCAAAAAUCUUCCAAGGAGCUUAGUUUGAAGCAUUGACUGUUGACGUGUCGAACGCCGGACAGUUGAAAGCUCGCUUGAAUGAUCUUCCUUUGAAUCGAACUGUCCCUGUCGGGACGGCCGAGGACGCUUUCUCUAUCUCGCCUCAACUUGUUGCUGGUGUCGAUUGUAUGCCUUUCAACCUCAUCCUCUAGCUAAAUUCUGAUGCCUGAUUCCUCUCCGUUUCUUCCUGUCUCCACCAGUCGUCAUGGCCAACACGCAGCCGGUGUUCAACCGCAUCCCCUCUCUCCAAGCUUCCACCUGGAUCACCUCGACUUACAAAACCCAAGUUCUUCCCAAAAUAGGCGUCCAUACAACACCUCGACACCCCCACUUUGCUUCCUUCGUCACUCAAAUUGGUUGGCCGACCGAUGCACUCCCUUUGGUCAACCCGGCGAUGGCGUAUACGCCUGCGGUUCCGGGCGUGGAGGGUUUGCAGAAUUUGUUAGACGGGUUCGUGUGUCAGGCGAAUCAACGACGGAUGAGUGAGUGAGAGUUCCUGCUCAGCAUAUAUUGGUAAAUGAAGCUAAAUUCGACCGGAUCACGUUUAAAGAGUAUUUCUUCGCUUCGGCUUAUGACGAACCUGUAAGUCCAUCUUCUGUUUGCACCGUCUCAUGCGCAGCCAGGCUGAGCCUUCCCACCCUUUCUCGCUCGUUCAUUCCCAUAGUGGAAAUCCUACCUCGGUGGUGUCGAGCCUUACUGGGGCUUAUUUGACAGUAACAAGCAACUCAAGAACCUCAGUCUCCCGUUGUGUACCCUGGACGCGGUUGAGCAGUAUUGA